UUUCAAAAGUUCGAUGGAAUAUGGUGGAACACUUUUUAUCGCGCUCGCGAUUGGCCCGUUCCGGCGUUCCUCAUCUCAAAAGUGCAGAAACGCAACGAUAGUUUCCAAUGUUUUCAUCAUAAAUUCUUCGAAGAUCCCUUCGAUCUCCUUUCGCGGUAGAAUAGAAAUGGAUAGAGCGCAACUCUCGCGAUGGUUUCACGACGAGAAGUCAGAGUGAGGAAAACGAUAUGAUGGACACAAUCGCGCAGAUGACUUUGUCCUUGAUCGCCAUUUGCGCAUUUUGAACGGCGCAACCGUUGAAGCACACGGACGAAACACAUGAAAAGUACUUGUCAUCGCGUUUGAAUUCGCGAAACGGAUAGAUACUCCAUCGCUCGCUUAUCCCGAGAGAAACUCUUGUCGCAAUUUUCACGUUGGCGCGUUGUCAGUGAAACUACACAACAGUUCCGGAGCGGACGACUGUCUAUUUUUAGUGGUGCAGUUUUGUAACAUCAGUCUUCAACAAGAACAGAUGAUCGUGCAUUAUUUAUUUAUCUCGAUUAUUGUCAAGGCUCGUCGAUAGUUUUAGGACUUUUAGAUCAAUAAGUCAGGUGCAAAAUGGAGUGUAGACUUCUCUUGAUAACAUUUAUCUUGUCAUUUAAUUGUAAAAUUGGUAACACAUCUAUGCUGGAUUGGCUGUGGAGUAAAAAAACAGAUGAUUCGAAUGUCCUUGUCGCUGAUGGUGUGCCUCUGAUCUCAAUUCCUUAUGAGUCAAUGACAGAGGAUGAGAAAUUUCUUCAAGAGGCUUCCAAGUUCACGGAUAUUCAAGUGUCUUCCCCAUUGGAGACUUGUCAGCACAAGGUCAUCAUAAAGAUUAAAACCUCAUGUUCUGACAUGACAGAGGAAGAGCUAGCAAAACUGGGUGUCAAUCUCCUUAACUGCCAAUCAGCAGUUGAAGGCAGGAAAAUGUUUCCCUGCACUGAAGAAAUGUCUCUUAAGCAAUGUACAACCGACAUGGAUGCUGAUAUGUGGAAUGCGUAUCACUUAAUAAGUAACAGAGCGAGGGCAAUUUGUUAUGCAGCUCGAAAUACACAAUUUCGUGCUCUUACAGAAUUAACUGUCAACAAACUGAUGCAGUCUGCGCAUUCUCAAAUCAAGGCAUUGAAUUCCUUGAAGCACGGUCAAGAUCGUCUGGAAGAACAAACAACGGAAGCUCUAUUAUCGUUAACUGAAAAAAACAAGCUACUUUUGUCACAACAAGAAAAUUUGAAGGAUGCUCAGGCAACAGCUCAUAAUCUUGUAACAACAAACCUAAGAGAGUUGUAUAAUGAAAAAGCGUUAAUACGAUCUGGCCACGCUCAGCUUGCAGUCAUGACGGAAGAAAUAAAAAACAAAUUAGAAAAGGCACAUAAAGAUUUUGAGCAACAGGCUAUCGAACGUGGAGAAAAUCAUAAGGAGGUAUUACAGGAUUUGUUUACCAUACAAGAACAAGCGCAAAUAAUCUGGGAAAAAAUCGAACAAAGCACAAAUUAUUUGUUACAACAACAUGAGGAAACUAUCCUCCAAUACGAGCAAACGAUGCAGAUGCUCACGCAAAUUAACGAUACCAUCCAGUACAUUUGGAAUCUCACUAAUACAAUGCGCACGGAAGUAGAUCAAAAAUUGGGGUGGAUUACUGAUUACAUCGGCGAUACUGGUGAACAAAUGCAAAAAGCAUAUCGCAUAUUUUUACACAUUAUGUAUUUAUUAGUGGCGAUGAUAGUCGCCGCGUUUUUACAAGCACCUUUUUUAACUAGAGCUACUAUCAUGGGCGUUAUACCAGCGAAUCUCGUAACCUACUUGAAACAGGGCACGGAAGCUUGUUUAGAUUUUACAUCUAUAACGGUGUUAAUAUUCUUGAUUACUGCAAUGCAUUUUUUAAUGCUGGGAAUACAACGUAUAAUCGGACCAAACGUCCCGGAAGCGAAGACGGAGUUAAUUAAGCUGAUUCAUCAACAAAAAGGUUAUUCAAAUGGAAUUGCGCGUGACAACACAUCUUCGUCGAAUUUUAAUUCUGUACCAAAAAUGCAGUUACACACAAGAUUAAUGAGUAAAGUGCGAAAACUGUACAAUCUCAGCGUUUUGCAAAUAAAUAAUUUCAGAGGAAAAUUGAAUGCCUUGUUAGAGGCAGUCGCUUCAUGGGGUGGACGUAAUUUAAAUGCGCAUGAAGAGCUCUCUUGUUCGUAUCAACCGUCGAGGAAGAAGCGUGAGGACAUUAUUCACUUGCAGUCUGCAUUAACAAAAGGUCUGAUAGAAUGUGAUUCUUCUAUCGACAACAUAACGUCAUGGCAGUAUCAAGAUAAUUAUGUCACAGAUCAUAACGAUUAUAACACAAAUGAUUUUAACGACACAGGAAAGUCGUUUGAGCAUUUUCGGUAUAACAUGGAUUUGCCACGAAGUAGAAGUAAUACUCCGAUGCUGAAAAUACCUUGUAUGGGAAUAACGAGAAAUGGCAGGAGAUGUCGAGCGUUUGUUUCACCCGGAUAUAACUACUGUUAUCACCAUUCCGGUACAUCGAGUGAGCAUCUGGAUUAAUCGAAAAAAGAUUAAUAAUUGCAAAAUAAUAAUGUUUAUAUAAUAAUUGCUAAAAAUUGGGGUUGAA